AUCACGAGGGAAUGACGUAGAGCAGGUAGCAAGGGCCAGGUUUUUCGCCGUGUAAGGUGUGUCCUCUCACGGAGGAAGACCAUGAAAGAGCGGAGUAUUACAUUUAAAUUUUAAUUGAAUUUAAAGUAUCUUUCUAUUUUGGAGCUCGUCCAAUUCCGCUUAUUCUUAUAUUUCAAAACUGUAACACACAGUUUCGUUACCAAUAAUAGGCGCAGCACAAAAUAUGAAUUAUUCAAUGAGGCUAGUUCAUUUGUUUUCUUUAUUGGUGAUAUGUUCUCGACAGGUAUGUUCCCAACAAAGAGGGUUUCUUGGCGUUGAAACACUUGAUGGUACCCUAGUGAACCAAACGGCCUGGGACACCCUUCAGAGCGGCCUGACCACGGUCUUCCUGCCCAUCGUCUACAUCAUCGUGUUUGUUGUCAGCUUGCCCACGAACGCCAUGGCCAUUUGGGUUUUCCUCUUCCGAACGAAGAAGAAGCAUCCGGCCGCCAUCUACAUGGCCAACCUGGCUCUGUCAGACCUCCUGUUUGUCAUCUGGCUUCCUCUUAAGAUUGCCUACCACAUCAACGGCAAUAACUGGAUCUACGGUGAGGGCCUCUGUAAGGUGCUGGUGGGCUUCUUCUAUGCCAACAUGUACUGUUCCAUUCUUUUCAUUACCUGCUUGAGUGUGCAGAGAUACUGGGUCAUUGUGCACCCUCUCUCCCACCAGAGGAAAAACAACAAGAUUGCAGUCUACGUCGCCAUCACAGUCUGGGCUGUAAUCUGGGCGAGCACCACUCCGCUGUAUCUUUAUGACCAAACCGUCCAGAUUAAGGACGUGGACAUUACGAUUUGCCACGACAUCACCAAAGCAAGUCAGAUCAAUUAUCCCUUUGGUUUCUUCAUCACAAUGGGCGUUUUUGCUUAUUUCAUCCCGGCGGUAGUGUGCAUAAUCGCCUAUGUUUUAAUGCUCAGGCAUCUCGCCAGCUCCAUGACGGACGAGAACAUCGGAAAGAAACGCCGAAAGGCGGUCCUGCUCAUCGUCACAGUCCUCGUCAUGUUUCUGGUGUGUUUCACCCCGAGCAACGUCAUGCUGCUCGUUCACUAUUCGCUUUUAAAGCAAGGCGAAGUCAACAAUGGCUAUGGCAUUUACAUUGCCACUCUCUGCCUCGCAAGUUUGAACAGCUGCUUUGAUCCCUUCCUGUAUUACUACGUCUCUGAGGAGUUCCGCGAAAAUGUGAAAAAUACCCUGAUCUGUAGGAGUGUCAGGACUGUAGAAAGAAUGAGAGUGUCCUUCACAGCAAUGAAAUACUCAAAGAGCAGCAAGUCCUAUUCAUCAGAUUCAGGAACACGUACUAGCAGCUGUUAGACAGAGAGGCUAAUUCACACCUGUUUUGUAAUGAAAACAAUUGUUCUGAAUGUUAGACUUUUGUACCCUCUGGUUGUAAAAAUAACCUUUUUAUGUUUUUUUUCUUUAUUUAAUACAGUUAAUAUACAUAUUUUAAAGGAGAAACUGAGUGAACAAGAUUAUCUGGUCUGGCUCUGGUAUAAGUCUGGUCAGGACUUGUACACCCUUGUUUUAGGAUUUUUUUUGACAGGAAAGAGAUAUAAAACCUCGACAUUUUAAGGUGUGUUUAUUAGUGACCUACUGUACAUGUUCUAGUAUUCUUUCAUAUUUUAAGUUCAUACACUCCACAUGGGUAAUUUUUGCAAUUGAAUGCAAUGUGAAUCACUUUCUGUCUUGCACUUAUUGCACCAGUUUAUAACCUUUAAGAUAUACCAUCUCAUUUUCAAGGAAAAUGUAUAGGCACUAGUCAAAUGUGAAUUGUUUGAACUGCCUUGUAUGAUUUUAAGCUUUGUAUUUUAUUUGCAAUAAAGGAUUUGAACAGUUUAA